CUUCAGGUACAAGCUGUCCCAUAAAGACUAACAAGAGAAAAAAAGAAAGUAUAAUUCUUUAGACAGAAAAAUUGUUCCAAUGCAUGUCGGGGACAUCUUUUAUAUAACAGAAACACACUAUGAGAUAAAGUAUAUUUUAUAGAUACAAAUCAUUUUUUCAAACUCUACUUGGAAGAUCCAAAAUUUUUCUGACCAUGAAAUUAGAAAUGUUUUUGAAUGUUGAUGAAAUAACAAUAUUUCUUCUUCUAACUGGACUUGGCACUAUGGCUAAUGUUUCUGUUUUUGUCAAUCAAAUAUGCACUUUUGUGGGCUCUAGAAAGAAAUCCAUACAUCUUAUUCUCAUCCACUUGGCUUUUACAAAUAUUAUAAUGUUUCUGCUCAAGGGCAUGCAAAUAACAAUUGAAGCCUUAGGUCUGAGACACUUCCUAGGGGACUUAGGCUGUCACAUUCUUCUUUAUCUAAGAAGGGUGGUCCGGGGCCUCUCCAUCUGCACCAGCAGUCUCCUCACUGUGGUCCAGGCCAUCAUCAUCAGUCCCAGAGUCUCUUGGUGGGGGAGCCUCAAACUGAGGUCUCCCGGGUAUGUGCUUUUCUCUUUGCUUUUCUUCUGGAUUCUCAAUUCUGUGAUCAGCAUGAACAUCCUCCAUUCCAUCAGAAACAGAGGUACAAACACACUGCAACUGAGUAAUGGUAAAUAUUGUUAUUUCAGAAAAGAAAGUCAGAAAAUAAACAACAUUUUUCUCAUGCUCAUGGUCCUGAGAGAUGCUGUGUUUCAGGGAGCCAUGGGAGGCGCUAGUGGCUACAUGGUAUUUCUUCUCCACAAACACCACCAGCAUGUCCACUAUCUUCAGAACUCCAAGCUUCUGUACAGAACUCCCCCUGAGCUGAGAGCUGCUCAGAGUGCCCUCCUUCUGAUGCUCUGUUUUCUUUUCUUCUACUGGACAGAUUGUUUCGUUUCUUUACAUUUAUCUUUCUCUUGGAAGAAUGACUCCUUAACAAUGCAUUUUCAAGAAUUUCUGACCCUUGGUUAUGCAGUUUUCAGUCCAUGGAUACUGAUUCACAGAGAUGGACAUCUGGCUAGAUGUUGGCAUGCUCAAUAAGAUUUGAGAAGCCAUGUUGUUCUGAUCUCUUGAAAAAAAAAGAAAAAAGAAAAGAAAGAAAAGGCUUCAAAUGGCCAUUAGUAUUUUCUUCUCCUUGUAUUUAUUUUUCAAUCAAGUAAGAAAAGCUUAAGCAGGUAAAGAUAGUCUCACACAGUAGAGCUGUGGCAAGCAGCCUGUAUCUGACACAAAGAUCCUAGGGGGCUAAAGGGACCCAGGGAUCUUUUUUUUUUUCUAUUACAUCAUCUGUGAACAUUUGAUGUGAACUCUGCACAGACAGAUGGAGCUUCAGGUAGUGAAGAUUUACAGAGUGAUGUAACAGGAACCUGCACAAAUUCCUGUACUGACUCUCAUUGACUCAGGAGCCUCAUUUCUAGAACUAAUCCUUCAGAUAUAGGUGUUCACUAGAGAUAUACAAUUUGCAAAUUAUAUAUAACAUUCCAAACACAUUGCCUAAAUAUCAAACAAGAUGAGCAGUUGUUAGCUACUUGAAUAUGUCCAGGCAGGACUGCGGGAGUGACUUCCUGUAUG